GCUGUGGCAACACCACCGGCCAGAAGGAAAGCGAGGCACUACACCCACCAUGUGUCUCAGUAGUGUGGCAACCACGGCCGGGAGAGGCUGUUGCACCUGUCGCGCCUGCAACUUUCACUCGCUAUUCUUCCUCUUACUCUCACAGGAAGAGAAAUUAAACGCUGGUGAAGAUGUGUCCGCUGUAUCCAGUACAUCUGGUGUUGCUGUACGGGUCGCUGGUGGUGUGUGUGUGGGCUGCCGGCCUGGGCACCCUCGUCAACGCCGCCACCAAUGUUCUCACCCUCAAGCUCAGACUCCAGCUGGACAAUUUAUCCAUCAGCACCCUGGACCUCCAGGAGGGCGAGGAGAAGCAGGUCACCUUCUAUGUCGAUGAUCUGCCGCCCCACGUGCUUGGGGACAUAAUUAUUCAGGAUGAGAAUGUUGACCACUUAGACCACCUUAAGAUAUCACCCAACAAGAUUCCUCUUGAAUCAACCUUCAGAGAAGAGGCUUACGAUUCAGGAAAUAGCUCAGUUAAAGGAUCAUUCAAUGUUACUGGAAAAUUCCUUGGCUUCACUAAGAUCAAGCUAGUACUCAGUGAUGGCAAUGAUGAGGAGCUUCUUAUCAGCGAGCCCGUUAAUGUCAAGGUGCAACGAGGGCAGCGAGUGCUGGAUAAAAUCUUUAUUCAUGUUGUGAUUGCCAUGGUGAUUGUGGCCUACAUCAACAUGGGUUGUGCCUUAGACCUUAAGGUCAUCAAGGAGACACUACGGCGGCCUGUGGCUCCUGCUAUUGGCCUCUUCUCACAGUACUUGUUUAUGCCACUUAUCUCGUAUGCUAUUGGUUAUGGACUCUUCUAUGACAGUCCAGAGAUGUGGUUGGGACUGUUCUUAACUGGUUGCUCUCCAGGUGGUGGAGGAUCCAACAUGUGGACCUACUUGUUGGGUGGCUCCCUUGACCUCUCUGUCACCAUGACCUUCAUCUCUACUGUGGGUGCCUUUGCUGCCCUCCCGCUCUGGGUGUAUGCACUUGCCAGAACCAUCUUUCAAGGUGGUCAUUUUUCAAAGCUUCCAUACAAGAACAUUGCCUUUUUGGUAGUGGGGCUGCUGCUGCCUCUGUCCAUCGGUCUGCUGAUCAAGUGGCGAUCUCAGCGUGUGGCUGUAGUCUUGAAGCGUCUCUUGAAGCCAGUCUCUAUUAUUUUCAUCAUCUUCAUCAUGACUUUUGGAAUAUAUGCAAAUUUCUACAUUUUUGCUUUCUUUGAUUGGAGGGUGGCAUUGGCAGGUAUGCUGUUACCUUGGCUCGGUUUUAUCUUCGGUGCUGUAGCCUCCCUCCUCUGUCGUCGCAAUUUGGAGGAGUCGAUUGCCAUCAGUAUUGAAACUGGCGUUCAGAAUACUGGACUAUCUAUUGGCAUUCUUAAGGUGGCUCUGAAGGACUACGCACCACUGGGGGAUAUAACGAUGGUGAUCCCGAUUGCUGUUGCAACCAUGACACCAAUACCCCUUACCAUUGCUUACAUCAUCAAACGUAUUCAAGACUGCCGUAAACGCCACAGGAAACUAGAGCUCAAGUGUCCUUAUGAUGAUGAGGAUGAGAUAAAGAAUGACGUGCCAUUGUCUGCCUCCACGUCUUGCACACCACUCCACAAGGAUGCUAACGACAACUCCAAGAUCGUACUGGCUUGAUCAUGUUUACUAGUUGAUGUGCAGAUUUACAUUGGGUUUUUUCUGCAUCAAAUACCUAUUUUGAGAAUUAUUGCCAAAAAAUAAUUGAAAUAAUUGUCGAGAAAGAAUUACAAUUGUACAAAUGUGAUGUAAAAUGUUGGUCACAUGAUCCUGUCAGGAAUAGUUUGAAGAUAUAGUAAGAUGGUGUAUAAUUCAGAAGUAUUUGCCUUAUUGAUAUUAAAGAAGCCUUAAGAAUACAAUGAAUGAACCAACAUUCUCACUCUCACUCUGAUUCAUAAAUAAUAUAGUUGUGUACACUACAAAAUAUAGAAUAGGAAAAGUAAAUAUAUUUUAUAAUUUGUAUGAAGAUUUUAAGAUUCCAUUGAUUAUCUAAAGCAACUUGUGCUUAUCAAUAAAUAUGUUUGUGUUAGUAUUAUUUUCAAUAUACAUAAUUCGGUUACGGAUGGUAUAAUCUUUAGAAUCUGUCCCGAAAGCAGUUGUAAGGAAUCCUUUCAGAUUCCAGGGAAGAACCCAGAAAAAAAGGUCACUUGAAGAGUUGCUUGUUUUUUUUUUUCUAAUGGAGUUAUUUUGAUCUCUUGGGAUGUAGAUUGCACAGGUUAAUCAGACAGCAGUCUGUUUUGAUUCGCCUAUCUUUCUGGGUCCUUUCCCGGUUGAUGGCAAUUAUGACAUACAGUACUUUAAAUGUAAAGUGCUCAUAGGCCAUUGCUUCCUGUGCCUCUCUGAAGGGGCCAGGUUCGGCUCGUGGUUCCCGGUAAGCAUAAGAAUCUCUGACUGAUGACUACAAAUUAAUAUUGUACACAUCAGUUCAGAUAGCUUCAGGGAGCCACCGGGGCUCAGCCAGAAAAUGGCGUUUCAUUACAUUCAACGCUUUUUUUUUUUAUUUGCAUAUUAAAUCUUUGGUAAAACCUAUUCAGCCUAUUUUGAAUGGGCUGAAUUGAAAUUACAUUGUGCAUACAUUACAUGUGCAAAUAAAAGUACUUAAUGAUUUAUGAGUCAUUGGUGAGUGUAUAAAUUUAUUCAUAGCUAUUUUCUAAUGUGUGUUAUGAAACUGCUUAAUGUGUACAAAUUAAAUUAGUUAAAAGGUACAAAUAUUGUGGUGAUAAUGGAAGUUCUUAAAUUAGAAAAACUUUAAUUAAUAAUACUCUAUGCAGUUUGUAUAUUUUCGUAUUCCAGUUAUUAACUAAAGUGCCAAUGUGAGAUAUUUUUGGGAUCUUAGGUAAGAGUUAGUUUCUAACACCAUGUCUUAUAAAUUAUAUGUUCUUCCAGCAAUAUUGAAUCUCUUCAAACCCAGGUAGGACAAAAUAAUUGUUCUGUAUGUGAUUUAGAUAAAUAAGCCAUUAUGGAAAAAGGCACCAAGUCUGGAAGACUAUUUAGCACCAUCAGUGUCACAAAAUGUUUAAUAAAGUAUGACCUACCUUGUGGUUACCAUGCGUUGAUUUUGGGAUUCAACGUCCCCGUGGCUAGGUCUCGACCAGGCCUCCUGGUUGAUAGUCUGGUCAACCAGGCUGUUGGUACAGUAAUAAAAAUAUAACAUACUCCAAAGCAAAGUAUUUGUUAUUACUGUACAUUACAGGAAUGUAAAAACUUAAGUGUAAAGAAUUUUUUUUGUUAUAUAGAGUAACAUAACAGUGCUGUGUGCCUAAGCUUGUUAAUAAAAAAAAUUUUUAUUUAUAUAUCUGUCAGCACAGGAACAGAUAAAUAAAGCCAGCCAUAAAAAAUGUGUUACAUUGAUAGAAUGAAAUGAUUGGUGUUAAUAUUAAUUACAUAUUUGCUUCUAAUAUUCAAAUUAAACAUGUAACGACUUGCUCUCUUAUAAUAUAAACAUCAUUGGCAAGAAUGAUUGGACUUACAUGAUGCACUUGCCAGUGAAGGUGCACACUUGACUUCUCUCCUUGUUCCUAACAUAGAAAUAUUAUUGAAAUAGAACUGAAAGUCAGUAUUGUAAAUGGCCUUCAUUAUUGCAGUUAGGCCACUAAGGACUUUUAUAUGAUACAUUCAACUUCUGUAUGUUGAUUUGUGAAAUAUUUUAUACAAAAUAUCUGAUUUUUGUAAAUUACAACUUUGUUGUGCACAAUCUUGAGAUGUGCAUCAACACUUACCAGUUGUGGCCUCAGAAUUAAGAUACAAUACUUCAGUGCCUGGAGCUUGUAGCUCAGCCUUCAACUGUGCUUUGCAAAAUCAAGCUAUGUUCUUAACUGUUUUCUGCAACUGUUACUGCAAAGUGAAUUUCAUUAAUUACAGGUAGUGCUGAAAGCAUCUUAUUGCUGUAUAAAAUGGUGAUGGAAUGCUGUGAGGUUUAUAAAAACCAAUAAAAUGAAGAUAAAUCAAA